GGGCUGCUGCAGUCAGUGUUUUGCCUGAUCUUUGUGUAAGGAGACGGUAGCCCUGCUCGAUGUACCCGAAAGUAAAUAAGAAAAACAGAAGAAUGACGUAGGACGCCAGGCAGGUGUAAGCGAUCAGCGAGAAUGUGUAAGGUGUUUCUGAAACCAGGUACAGCAACGUGAAGUAAUGAGAUGUGCAAACGCGAGAAACAGCAGCAAGGUACAUUUCCAGCAGCCUGUCAGAACUGAAUCAUUGCAUUGCCAUUGAACAUCACUUGAAGAUCACUUGGUGAACGCCCUCAGCAGCUCGGCUAUUGUGUGCCGAGCUCACCAGGGAGAGACACAUAUCCACUUACUGGGCUGAGGAAAACAAUGAUGAACAGGAUCUGAAAGACAGCGAGGAAACCACGAGAAGGAGCUUACUGGACUUGAAACAAAUAUACCUGGGUGUGCACAACCACAUCUUUCUGUUGUGUGUGUUUUUCUUUUAAUGCAGUAAUUUUAAACUGGUUUAAAAGUUUUAAGGGUUUACUACUCCGGGGCACUACCAGUCACCAUGGAUGAAUUUCCAGCUAAAGUCAGCACCGGAACCAGCUCGCAGCCAACCCAGUCCAGUUCUGGCUUCCGUGGGUUUUCAGUGGGACCUGUCAAAAUGGAUGUGUUGUUUAUUAGGACUAUUCCUGGGAUCCUGAUGAUGGUGGAAAUCGUUCUGGGUUUACUGGUGUGGGCUCUGAUUGCUGGUUCCACAUACAUGAACCAUGCAUUUGGAUGGGUGAUGUUUGUUAGCGUCACACUCUGGGUAAUAACAACCUGCCUGUUUGUGGUCUACUUCCUGGGUGUGCCCGAAAAAACACAAUUUGUUCCUUGGCCUAUUGCGAUGAUGAUCUUUAAUGUCAAUGCUACUGUCCUGUACAUCACUGCCUUCAUAACCAACGCAGCAUCAGUUCCUAUAAACGGGGCUGCAGAUUACAACAACCUGGCGGCGGCAGCUUUCUUUGCAUGUCUGGUUAUGAUCGCCUACAGUGCAAGCUCCUUCUUCAGCUUCAUGGCGUUCCGAGGACAGGGCAGCAACGCAGCAACAAACCAAGCGACCGGAAACCUCCCAGCAUAGCCAAAUACAGCACACUACAAAAGCAGCAGGGAACACCAACACGAGUACAUACUUACAAAAACUGUUUUUUGAUGUUUUUUGAGGUUAAACCAAGCCUUGUGUUAUCCGCUUUUCGUUUGCAGAAUGUUAAAAGCGGCUGUCUUUUACUUUAAAACAUGAUAUUUAAUCUGCACCGCAUUAGAAACUAAUCAAUGAGAGAGCACUGUGAUUGUUACACUUUUUGUAUGUCUUCUUUUGGGCUGGUGGGAGGGAUGAUGCCCUGCUGUAAUUUCUGCAGCUUCGCAGUAGUUACGCUACACUUCUAGCGAGUCAAUUGCUUUGAUGGGUUCAUCCGUCUGACAUUUGCCACCAUUGUGCGAGGUCAUGGCUUGGCACAUGUGCAGUAGAUUAUCCUGUUCCAGUAAACAUGGCAACCUUAAUGUGCCCUGUGCUUUAAUUAUGCUCUUUCUAUCUCUCCAUCCUCAUGAUUAUGGAAGAGAGAUAACACAAAGUCACUAAUGGCUAACGACUAACACUUUGGUUACACUUUAUGUAAAAGUAACCCACUCCUUACACUGAAAUACAAAUAAAACCCAAAAAACAGAA